CUGUUUUUAAGCGUGUGCGUGUGCGUGUGCGUGUGUUUGUGUGUAUCCUUACGUCCUCGCCGCCCCCGCUUCUCCACAGUGUCGCACUGCAAGGGUGUGGUGUGUGAAAAAUUCCAGCACAACAGCGAGCAAUAAAUAAAAAUUGAAAUUUAAACAUGUCGGUCUCCUCGAACGCCUCGUCUGCAUCGUGCAACGGCAGCGUUGACGAUAGCAUAACAACAACAACAGCGACAACAGAUAGCUCCGAAUUGACGCACAUUUUAAAUCGUCGCCAGGAGAUAAUGGAGUCUCAGGAGGCGGGCAUCGCGGUGCCGCGCAACUACAAGGUCAAUGUCUACACCGAGUUCCAAGAGUUUUCGCGCAAGCAAAUCAAGGACUAUCAAAAGACCUUCAAUACUUAUGACACCGAAAGGGAUGGAUACUUGGAUCUAAAUGAGCUAAAGUACAUGAUGGAAAAGCUGGGAGCACCGCAGACGCAUUUGGGACUAAAGAAAAUGAUUGCAGAUGUCGAUGAAGAUCAUGAUGGCAAGAUAUCGUUCCGUGAAUUUUUGCUCAUCUAUCGCAAGGCGCAGGCCGGAGAGCUGGACUCUGACUCGGGUCUGAAUCAGUUGGCUCGCCUUACCGAAAUCGAUGUGGAGCAGGUGGGCGUCACUGGGGCCAAGAACUUCUUUGAGGCGAAAAUCGAACAACAGCUGAACACAAAUAAGUUUCACGACGAGAUCAGGCAGGAGCAGGAGGAGCGGCGUCGCGAGGAAGAGGAGCGGGCCCAGAGACGCCAGCAGUUCCAGCAACGUGCUGCCAUUUUCCAGUAAAACACUACAGCAAGGAACCCAAUUUGGCAUAAAUAUAUAUCUACAAUUUGUAGUCUAGCGCGUAAUCCUUGUGGCGUAGGUUAAACAAAUGCAAAAUAGCACACAUUUAGUUGGCAAAUGCGGAGCAGGACUUUGAUAUACUUAUCAUCACAUACAUAGCAAACUAAUCAUCCACAAUUUAUAAUAAUAUAUCUUCAUAAUACAUAUAUACAUACAUACAUAGAUAACAAGCAUACCAAAAGUAUAAAUCUUAGCUACGUUUUUAAGGAAAACAUAUUGAGAAUACUGUGUUUAGUUAUAGUAACUUUAAUCCUUUGUGGUAUUGCGUGAAUUUUUGUUGUUGAAUUUCUAAAACUUUCUGCCUUUUUUUAUGAGUUGCGUUUAAAUUGAGUUCCAUUUUUUUAUUUUCUCCUUUUUUUUUUAAUUUUAGUGCCAUUUUUUAUUAUUUCAUUCGAUUUUAUGUUAAAAACUGCAUUUUGUUAAUUAAAGAAAAUCAAAUGUUUUAUGUUCAUAAGAAACAAAUUUGUUGUACAUAUUUUAUGUUAAAUUUAACGUUCAAAUUGUGUACGAUUUAUGGAAAUAUAAUUUAAGUUGAGAAUCUCUGGAUUUUCUCACAGAAAAUAAGCCGACAAAGCAAUAUUAUAGCUCUACGAAUAAAUUAACACGGCAAAUACUAUAUAUUUACACACAUAAUUAUUAUUAAAUGUAUAUAGUGCAAAUAAAAACGAACGUGAAAAAUCACUCGCAAGUUUCGAUAAAAA